CGCGGUUAGGCGAGGGCGCGGAUCGCUCACCUGGCGCACUGUCUGUUGUGCUCCAAACACAGCAGCACCGCUCUCCCACAGCUCUCCCAAACAACCUGCGACCUUACUGCCGAGGAUCAGGAUUUACCGCCGUGAAAUCGGCUUCCAGGAAUUGUCAAGAUGUUUAAAAAGAAAUCCAAACCCACAACUCCCACCAAAAAGACACCUUCGUUGCUCUCACAGCUGAUCGUGCGCCUACAACAAAAUGCAGAUGUUGUGGAGAAGAAUAUCUACAAAGUUGAAGAAUGCUUUCUUCAAGAUGUCAAGCGUAUAGAGGAGGGGAAACAUGUGCUAUUCCAUGACGACACUGAGAAAUUGAUAGAUGAAUCGCAAGUAAUACUAGCGAACCUGCAGACGGAUGCACAGGUAGCCAGCACUGAGAGGCACCCACAGUCUGAUAUGAUUACAGAGGAUGUCAAACAGUUGAAAGAUAGGAUCAAGAAGCUCAAAAUGGAACAUAAGAAGGUCUACAAUCUUUCUCGGGUCGAUGGAAUUCCUUCUUUCGACUGGUCCAAAAUGAUCGACGAGAAGCAGGCAGAGCUGAACAAUGGAGGCUUUGGAAAUGAAUUACCUUUUGUCGAUCAGCAAUUGGAACACCACCAGCUCUUCAGCAAAGAGGUUGAAACAAUUGGGGAUCACAUCAACAAGAAUGAGAACACGGAUUAUAUCAGUGGCAUCCAGGUGAAGUACAACAAACUAUCGAAAGGGACGGAGCAGCGGCAGAAAGACUUGUUAAGCCUCCGUGAAUACAUGCAGAACUGCACCAAUGAGCUGUACUGGAUGGACACCCAGGAGGAAGACCGCCUGCGUUAUGACUGGAGUGACCAGAACCUGGAUUACAAAAACCGCCAUCGACAGUACGAGAACUUUGUGAACCGACAUCUGGAAGCUAAGGAAGCAGCUGUUACCAAACUUCAUGAUGAAGGCAACAAACUGUUACAGACGAAGCACCCAGGAAAGAAUGCUGUGGAGGCCCACAUGGAAGCCGUACAUGCUGACUGGAAGGAAUAUCUCAACCUGCUGAUCUGUGAGGAGAAUCAUCUCAAAAACAUGGAUGACUACCACAAGUAUUACAAAGACUCGAAGGACAUGCAGGAGCUUCUCAAAAAAAUUGACAACGAUUUGGAUUUGAAAUACAAUCCAGAAUUCAAAGAUGAAUUCCAGCUUCAAACUCUGCUCCGGGACCUGGACGAUCAGGACCGAGCAUUGGACAAGUACGAUAAUGCAGUGAAAACACUGAAGAAACGCAGUUGCCAGGUGAUGCCUCUGAAGUAUCGCCGAGCCAACCCUUCCAAGGCUGUCCCAGUUGAGGCUCUCUGUGAUUUUGAUGCAGAAGAGACACACAUUCAGCGUGGGGAGAGCUAUACACUGCUCAAGAACAUCAAUGGGACCCACUGGGAGGUGGCUGAUUCAGCAGGUCAGAAGCAGAAGGCCCCUGCUGUUUGCUUCAUAAUCCCACCAACUGACCUUGAGGCAGUAGCAAUUGGAAAUGACAUCACCAAUCAAUACAACGCAGUUAAACUGAAGAGCAGCACUGCCAAGAACACUGUCCAGAAGAGUCUGAAUGGACUGAAACAUGUGAACAAACCAGCAGCGAAGACCACCACGGUUCCUGGGUCAAACACCCAGGACCAGCAGUGCUUGAAGUUACUCUCCGACUUGGAUAAAAUACAGAGUGAUACCACCAAACAGGAGAAAGCAAUCCAAUCCUGUACGCGGCCACCUCUGGAACAAACAAAGCCUAUCCAAGAUGUCAAGGAUCGAAUUCAGGACCUUAAGAACAUCAAUGGUUCGCUAAGCCAAAUUGAAUUAUCAAAGAUGGCAAAAGAGAGAGAUUGCCAAAGUUUCCUUGCGCAGAACCCACAAGUAGCUGGGGCACCUCAGCUUCGCUCCAAACUGGACGACACAAACGACAAGUUUGACCAAGCCAGCCUCCUGCUCAACAGCUCUGAAGAGAAGGCCCAAGCGGUAUAUAAGCUGGAAAACAGUUUACAGAAGGGCAGAAACACACUGUCAGAAUUUGAAAAUAAGCUGAUAAAGGAUCAAGUGAUUCCAGAUAGCAACUGGGGACUGGAUUCCAAGAAGCAGGAACUUGAAGCCAUGCGCAUCGAUCUCAAAUCCAAGAAGCCCAUCCUGCAGGAGGCGGAGCAGAAUCUGAAUUCGGUGAAGAGAGCUGGCAACGUGCUGGCAGACAACUUUCAGGAGCACUGCCUUGAUGUUGAGCGGCAGGACACUGACGUGAAGAAACUCAACCAACGCUAUGACAAUAUCGACAAGCAACUGGACAGUCGGAUUGAAAACCUGCAGAAGGCCAAGUCGUCAUAUUCCAGUUUCCGGAAUGGUAGCGAUACUUUGGAUAGCUGGCUCUCCAAUAUACCAAACUAUGAGCCCCAGGAACAUGACAGCACCAGAACUAUUGAUAAUAAGCUGAAUAAACAAAUGAAUCUUUUAACUGAAAUUACCAACAAAGAGCCAGAUCUGGCAAAAACAAUCACCAAUGCAAACCAGUAUCAGCAGGUAGCCCAGGAUUAUGAACGUGAAGCAGAGUUGUUUAAAUCACUGGUAGAACCAGACAGUGUACGAGCCUCCUCCAAAAAACCAAAGAUCACUUCGCCAGCUGACAAAGUUAAAGAUGAGGAAAUUGCUCUCGCCACUAAGUUCGCAACAGUGAAAAAUUCCGCGACCCAACAGAUGGGCCAUUUAGAGUUUGCACAAAGCUUGUUGAAGCAGCAACCAGAAGAGCAAAUGAUCCAGCAAAAUGUUCAGUCUCAAAACUAUGCAGCAGCACCUGGAACAAACUACCAGACAGACACAAAAGUGAACAGUGACUUGAAGCACAGGCAAGAAGUAGAGAAAAAAAUCAGUAAAGUACAGGAUGAAAUUGCAACCCUGAGGAGUCAGCAGCUCAAAGGUUCUUUGGUCAAGAAAGAGGUUGUCAAAAAGCUCGCUGACCCCCAGCUAGAUGAGGAACUGCAUCGGGUCCAGACAUCUUUGGCAGCCGAGCAGUUGCAGAACAAAACUCUAGACAAUGAACUGGAGGUCUUGCAGCGCAAGUUGCUUUCUCUGGAGAAACUGCAGAAGGACCCUGCACAGCAAUAUGUGGUCAAAGAGGUCCUUCGAAUUGAACAUGACAAGGAUCAAGACAAUGAGAUACUGAGACUUAAGGAGGAGCUUGAAGAGCUCAAAAGACAAAAAUCAGCAAAGGAGAAUGACAUCAUCCUGCUUCAGAAACGACUCCUCAUUUUGACUGAAGAGAAGAGCAAGGAACAAGAGAAAAUCACAGAACAAGUGGUAUUCAAGGUAAAGAAAGAUCCGGAAAUGGAAGCAGAGUUUAACCGUCUGCAGGACACCAAGCAACAUGAAAGUCUCUUGCGGCAGCAGAAAGAGGAGGAGCUCAAGGUCCUGCAAGUAAAGCUGAAACAGCUGGAGAGAGAAAAAGCCAAGGAGGAGGAGAAAGUGACAGUGAAGGAAGUAGUCAGGAUGGAGAAAGACGCAGAUCUGGAGAAGGAGGUUACGAAUUUCCGCCGUCAACAUGAGGAAGAGAUGGCCAAAAAACGCUUGCAUGAUCAAGAGAUUAAUGACCUUGGGAAACGCAUCAAAAUGCUUGAAGAAGAAAAGUCCAAACCAGUUGUCCAGGAAAAGCUGCGUGAAAUUGUCAGGCCUGAUCCCAAUGCUGAGGCCCAGGUAGUUAAACUGAGGUCUGACCUCCUUGAACAGGAGCGAUUGUGCAAUGAUGUCAAUCUGGAGCUGAGGAGCAUCUCUGAUGAAAUCGCAAUCCUAAAAGAUAGGGGCCCAAAAAUUGAGAUAAAAGACAAUAUAAAAGAAGUCAUAAAGUACAAACCAGAUCCUGAAACAGAGCAGGUGUUGGAGAGAUUAAGGGAUGAGGUGCUGGAUAAAUCACGACACGUGGAGAGAAGCAAAGUUGAGAUAAAUCAGCUGGAGAAAGAGAUUGAGAUGCUGAGGAAUAGUAAGCCCGAUGUUCAAAUAAAAGAAGUUAUCAAUGAGGUCACUCAGUACAAAGAAAACCAACAAACUAGACAGGAGUUGGUAAACCUCAAAGCCAAGCUUGCAGAAGAACAGAAGAAACAACUGGAGCAAGAGAGCGAGCGAUUAAAACAUGAAGCGAACAUCCAACUGAAGAAGAAGGAUCUAGCAAAAGUGAGAGAAAAAGUGGUGCAGCAGGAGGUUGUGAAGGUGCAACAAGAUCCACUAUUAUUGUCAGAAUGUGGUUCAAUGGCAAAUGAGAUUGAGCAAGAGAGAAAGCAGAAGGUAAAUUUGAGAGCCCAGAUCCAGACACUGCAACGCCGAAAAUCCGACUUGGAAGAGCAGUUGCUGGAACUUGAAGCAGAGAGAGAGGCUCGACGCAAAGCUGAGCUGGAGGUCAAGAGGUUAAAAAUAGAGCUCACUAAUAUUGAGGAGAAAGAAAAGGAGGUAAGAGAUAAAGUCACGUUGAGACAGACGGUUGUUCUGCAGAAAGAUCCUAUGCAAGAAACAGAAGUGUCAUUGUUUAGACUGAACUUAGAGGAUGUAAAGUCAAAUCGAACUGAUCUUGAAAAUGAACUUCAGGCCCUGAAGCUGAAGCAGAUAGAGCUCGAGUCAACAAAAACCAAGGUAAAAAAUGUCUUUACUGAAAAAGUUCAGGUGGAACGAGACCCUGAGACAGAAUUAGAAGUUCAAAAUCUUCGGAAAAAUUUAGAAGCUGAAGAAAAAUUAAAACAAAAAUUGCAGAAUGAGCUUGACCACCUGAAAAAUAAGCUAUCAGACACCGUGUUCAAUGACAAGAAGUCAACGAAAGACUUGGAACAUCUGAGAGAUGAGAACAGCAACUUGCACAGGGAAAUCCAAAGUCUGCUGAGUGAUAAACGAAGACUACAUUCUGACAUCGAGGUCACCGUUCAACAAACUAAAGAAGUCCAGUCAGUAAAGUCAACAUCAGUUGUUGACAAAAUGGAUCUUAUGGAAACUCGAUUCAAAUCUCUACAGAAGGAAUUGGAUGAUAUAAGGAAAUCGACCGGAUCCAAAGAAGUUGAGAUUGAAAAGUUGGAAAAGGAAUUAGCUGCUCUGAAAAUAAAGAGAGAACAGAGGGAGAACAGUUUACGCCGUCACAUUGUAGUAAUUGAUCCAGAUAAUGGCAAAGAAAUGUCUCCACGGGAAGCCUAUAACAUUGGUCUCAUCGACUACGACAUGUACAUCAACCUUGAAAACCAGGAAUGUGACUGGGAGGAGAUAACAGUAAAAGAUCCUUCAGGUACUUCCACCAUCCUCCAUGAUCGGAAAUCAGGAGAGAAGUAUUCUGUGAGUGAUGCUCUGAAGAUGGGCAAGAUUACCGAGAAACAGUAUAAGCAGUUCAUGGACAAGGAAAUUACAAUCCAAGAAUUUUCUGUCUUGGUAGCAGGCAAGCAUAAAAUGCCACACAAUGACAUCGCUAAGGCAAAUAAACAUCAACAAGUUUCCAGUGGCUUUUCUCCAACCAAAGAUAAACUGCAAGCGAUUGGAGGCAUAAUUGAUGCAGACACGGAAAUGAAAAUCUCCAUCCCCAAUGCAGCUAACCGAAAUUUGAUCGACUCAGACACUGCUCUGAGGCUUCUGGAAGCACAAGCUGCAACUGGUGGAAUCGUCUUUAUAAAGGAUGGCAGUCGAUACAAUGUAAUUAAGGCUGCAGAACUUGGCUUGAUUGAUCGUGGACUUGAGACGAGACUCUCCAGCGCUGAGAGUGCCUACACAGGCAUUGAAAAUCCUCAAACCAAGGAAUUGCUGCCUGCUAUUAAGGCCGUUGAACAUGACUGGCUUUACUCGAAGGCUGCUAACUGGUAUCUUGAAGCACAGUACUUAACCGGAGGUCUAGUUGACCCUGCCACCUCUGAGAGACGUUCGCUCAGACAGGCAAUAUCCUCUGGCCUGAUUGAUGAAGCUGGGGCCAACAGACUCAAAGAUGACACCACGUACCUGAAAGACCUGGUGGAACCAAUUAGUAAGCAUCACAUUAAUUAUAAGGAAGCACUGGAUUUAUGCAUCCCUGACCAAGAAACCGGGUUGCUGCUGCUUCCCGUCUCCUCCAAGUCUAACUGAUGAGUGUCUUUCCAUCUGAAGAUCACAGCACAAUUGUCUGCAGCAUUCAAUUUACCAACUUGCUUGAAAACAGAAGAAUAUUGUCAAAGAACUCUUGGAAGAAACUAGAUGAAUUUAUUUGGGAUGUGGGAGCUACCUGAAUUAAAAACCAAUGUUAAUGUAAACUAACUGCUAUUACAUAAUUCAUUUUCCUGAAUGCUUUGAUCUCAUUCUCUAAAUUUAUUCUCUUUAAAUUUUCUUUCACUUCUCUGUAACAAAUUUAAAUGUAGAAUCAACAUAAAUGACCACCUGCUGUAGUUCAGAAUUGUGAGGAAUACUCGCCAAUAAUUUGACCCUCAUUGCCAUUGGGGAUGAUGCUUGUCUUCUGUGGGUAAGCUUGGUUGUUUCAAAGUCUGGCUCCAAGUCACAGGCUCCAUCUCAGCUGCUUCCCAAUGUUUGAGAACUACUUUGCUUUGGUGGUUGGGGAGGCAUCCGUCACUUGCUGGGCCCAGCUUCAUCUGCAGGACAAACCUCUACAAAAAUCAAGUAACAAGCAACUUGACUUUGCAGUUCCAAAAGGAUCUGCUUAUCUUCCAGACAAUGAUCGGAGAUGUUCAGAAAGCCUUUUAGUCCUCACCUUCUGCUGUGGCUUCCUGAAGAACCUUUUUUGUUGGGGAUGGGGCAAAAGGUCCAUAAUUGGCUCAACCUAUCAGAAUUUAAAAGCUCAUGAUAGGAUAAAGGCAUGUGUAUAUUCCAACUCCCCACUGGCUAAAUAUCAAGCCUUUCAUCCUUUCCCUAGAAUGAUAGUUGCUUUUACAGUGUGUAAACUAAGCAAGUGAAGAAAUGGAGCUUUAAUGUUCAAGGGCAUAGAAACUUCUAAAAAAAUAUGUAUUGGCUGUUUUUGAGACUGGAGACGUAUUAAUACAUUUUCAACAUAGAUUUGCAUUUGUCACUAGUGCAUUGAAGAGUUUAAAUGUAUUUGUCUUCCAAAAUGACACAAGUCUCCAUGCCAAAUGAAGAAAAAAGCAAGCAAAUGUAUUCAUUCUGUUUUAGGAAUCAAUGGUGGAACAAAUUUAUUCCAAAAACUGCAAUUGACUGGAAGGUCCCAACCCCUAAUUUUUCUUUCUAUAGCAGGGAAAACUUUGGACUAACAAUGCUUAAAAAGAAACUAUUUUACAGCGAACCCGUUUCAAGCAAUAUUGUAAUCAUUUUCAUAAAAUUAAGUUUGGGUGAUUUCUCUUUUAACAAAACGGAACUGUAUUCAUACAAAUAAUCCAUAACUGCAUGAAUUAAUUACAUUUAGUAUAUUUCUUACCUUUGAUUAUUUACAUUUGUUGCAUCGUUUCGGGGAUUAGAAUAAAUUUCAAGGAUAUGUUUAUAUUAGAGAAAUUAAAAUAAAAUAAAUGGUCUGUU